GGCCAGCAUUCUGGAAGUCAGAGUCCAAUGGCGACGCUCCGGACCUUGAGAAACAGAACGGCGACGGCGGCGAGCCACCUCCUCACUCGCUUCCACGACUGGUCGAUAUUUUUCCCCGAUCAUCAGCUCUCCAACACGAUAACAAGAAGAUCACUGCAAACCCUAGCAUACGAAGAAAUCCAAUCUUCUCCAGAAAAACCCUACGCUCGCACAGCUUUCGUUCUCCACGGUCUUCUCGGCACCGGCCGAAACUGGCGCUCAUUCUCCCGCAGUCUCGCCUCCACUCUAUCCAAAUCAUCCCCAUCUGAGUGGAGGAUGGUGCUGGUGGAUUUGAGGAACCAUGGGAAGUCAGCUGAGAUCGAGGGAUUUGAUCCGCCGCAUGAUAUAAUGAAUGCAGCUAAGGAUUUGGCUAAUUUGGUGAAGCACAAGGGAUGGGCUUGGCCUGAUGUUGUCAUUGGCCACUCUAUGGGCGGCAAGGUCGCAUUGCAAUUUGCACAGAGUUGUGUUGCCAGCGAUUAUGGUGAAAAUGUUGCUAUUCCCAAGCAGCUGUGGGUCCUUGAUUCUGUCCCUGGAGAAGUAAAGACUGAAAAUAGUGAUGGUGAAGUAGAGAAAGUAUUGCAGACCUUGCAGAGUUUACCUUCAUCUCUUCCCUCACGGAGGUGGCUUGUUAAUCACAUGAUGGAACUUGGGUUCUCGAAGUCAUUGUCUGAAUGGAUAGGCAGUAACCUCAAGAAAUCUGGAGAACAAGAGACAUGGGCUUUUAAUCUUGAAGGUGCCAUCCAGAUGUUUAAUUCAUACAGGGAGAUGUCCUAUUGGUCUUUGUUGGAGCAACCGCCAAAAGGAAUGGAAAUCGCCAUUGUACGUGCUGACAAGAGUGACCGAUGGGACCCAGAUGUGGUGAAGCAGCUUGAAAGCCUUUCCAGUCGGGAAGGAGAUGGAUCUGAGGGGAGGUUUUUGGUUCAUAUUCUCCGUAAUUCAGGCCAUUGGGUCCAUGUUGACAAUCCAAAGGGCCUUGUUGAGAUAGUGGCUCCCAAGAUUAUCUCUCUUCAAUAGGGUUUUGAUACCUGUGGUAUGAAAUUAUAGUCAUGGAUUAUUCUUAUUAUUGUUACGAUGUUGGCAUUGGCAGACCAAGAAACUGAAGCACAUGAACACAACAUAAAAGGAAAAUCCACUAAUUGCGUGGAUAUAUUCUUAAUGCAAACUUUCCAUUCUGAGAAUUAAUCUUCUUGAGAUGG